UCACACGCACAAACUUCACCGUCUCGAUAAACGACUAAUUGCCAGACUACGUUUCUCAAAGUUCUGGACAACCUCACAAGAUGUUCAAAUGCAAGCGUUGUCAAGCUGAGAGCAGGGAUGGCGCUAAAUGCGUGGGAUGUCAGGGUCAAUUCGACUUUCCCUGCGCUGGUAUCACCGAAGGCGGGUGGAGGAAAUUGGGUGAACGGAAGAACACUUGGAAGUGUGGCAACUGUAAAUCCUCGACUGUAUCCAGUCCUCGCCCCGCUGGCACAUCCACCGCCACGCCCGUUCAGGCUGAUAUGGAAUCCAUUAUGGCAGAGCUAAAGGCCCUUUCAGCGCAAAUGGACACCUUACCUACGUUGAUGGAGAACAUGAAAGCCAUCCAAUUAGAAUUGGCAGAGCUCAAAUCCACCAGAUCUGAGUACGAGAGUUUAAAAACGGGUGUUGAGUUCUUGGAUCAGACAGUGGAGGCACUGGCGAAUAAAGUUUCGGGGUUGCAGAAUGAAGUGGACUGCCUUGCGAAGUCGAAGGACCAGAUGACGGCGUUGCACGAUCGAUGUUCCAGACUUGAAGAUAUCCAGCGGGAAGCUGAGCAAAGAUCUAGAUUGAACAACCUGGAAAUUAAGGGUGUCCCAAUGACGAACUCUGAAAAUCUCUUCGAAAUUGUUGGCAAGAUUGGAGAUUUAAUUGGGUGCAAUAUCCCGAAAGAGCAAAUCAACUUUAUUGCGAGAGUACCGACGCGAAACAACGACCAAAAUAAAAAUAUAAUUUGCUCGGUUCAUAACAGAUACCUGAAGAAUAACUUCGUGGCGGCAGCAAAGAAACUCAAGUCUUCCAUAACUGCCAGCAAGUUGGGCCUGAAGUCGGAUAGUGUUAUUUAUGUUAACGAUCAUCUGACUUUUGAGAACAAAAUGCUCUUAAACAAAACUAAAAAACUUGCUAGGGAACGUGGUUUUUUAUAUACAUGGGUUGUCGGUUGCAAAAUCCUGACAAGGAAAAAUGCUACCUCUCCCACCCAUCACAUAAAAACGGAACAGGAUCUCAAAAAAAUUCUAAAUUAA